UCCCCCCCUCUUUUCCCUCCUCUUCUUCGUCUCCAAGCGGCGCGCGCUCUCUCGCUUCCUCGCCGCCGUCUCGGACUCGGACUCGGGCGAGCGGCGCGGCGAAACCCUACCUCGCGCUCUCCUUCCAUGGACGGAUCCGCCGCCAUCCCGCCCCGCCCCGCGCCGACCCCGCCCGCGCCCGCGCCCGCGCCGCCGCAGGUCUUCCUCCGCCGCUCCGUGCUCCCGCCGCCGCCGGCCCCGCACCACGCGCCUCCGCCCCCCGGAGCUCACGUCCACUACUUCCGCGCCGCCUCUCCCAUCCCCAUCUUCCGCGCCGCGGCCUCCUCUAGGCCCCCGAGGCCGCCCCCGCCGUCAACUACUACUGCUCCUCCUCCUCCCGCCGCCCCCGCGGUCACGCCUGCUCGCCCGCCUCCGCAGCAGCCUGCGGUCGCCGUGGCGGCGCCGCCUCCGGCUACGACUAUGGCUACAGCUACCGAAGAGGUGGCUGCGCCCGCGACGGGGAAUCCGAUGGCCAACGCGGCGGACAAUGAGGAGAAAAAUGAAAGAGAAACUGUACAGUCUGAAGUCGCCAAAGGAGAGACUGUGCAAGGGCCUGAUAAAGAAUGUACAACUGGGGCAGUAAAAGGCAUCAAACGGCCUAGAAAACCAAAAGGUUUUAAAAAAGGUAGUCUUCGAUCAAAUGAAGGAGAUGCUGGGCCUUCUUUAUUUUCACCAAACAACUGUCGCUAUGACAGCUCGCUAGGUCUUCUUACAAAGAAGUUCAUCAACCUUCUUGAAGGAGCAGAAGAUGGAACCCUUGAUUUAAAUAAAGCGGCUGAGACAUUGGAGGUGCAAAAGAGGAGGAUAUAUGAUAUAACAAAUGUUUUAGAAGGUGUAGAUUUAAUCGAAAAGACACUGAAGAAUAUGAUUCGUUGGAAGGGUUUUGAUAUGUCAAAGCCUAAGGAGAGAGAACGACAAAUCUCAGCAUUGAAGGAAGAAAUUGAGUCUCUUUAUGAUGAAGAGUCCAGGUUGGAUGAUGAAAUAAUGGAAGCACAAGAGAAACUGAAUGCCCUUAGAGUCGAUGAGGACAGAAGAAAGUUGUUGUAUGUUUCGAAGGAAGAUAUCAAUGCGAUUCCUCGCUUUCAGGGAUCCACUCUUAUUGCAGUAAACGCUCCUCGAGGAACCUAUAUUGAAGUUCCAGACCCUAAUUUGGAUAUGGACAUUUAUAAGGAUCUGGAUAAUCAAGAGAAGCACUACCAGAUUGUAUUUAGAAGUGCAAUGGGUCCUGUUGAUUGCUUUCUAAUAAGUAACCAUCAGGAGACAUUCAACGCAGACCAGCAGAUGGCAGACAAUUUGGAUGCUGCGGUCACUAGUGGAAGUUCUCAAGCUCCGCAGCAGAUGGAUUAUGUUCAGGCAUCGGAAAUUGGGGAGAGCAAUGGUGUAAGAGAGCAUACAUCAGAGCCAUCCAAAAGAGACGAUCCAGUGCCUGGCAUUGUGAAAAUUGUACCAUCAGAUGAUAUUGCUGCUGAUUACUGGCUCAGUUCUGACGCUGACGUUAGUAUGACUGAUACAUGGGGCACUUAAUUGAUGGCUCUGCAGACUAUUAGUCUCUUAGAGAAAUAGCAAUGACAAAUACAAUACAACAAUUGCAUUGGAUGGAGGAGUUGGAUCUGCUGUCCACCUUCAACUGAAGUCCUGCUUUGGUAACUGCAGAGAUUUUCCCUGGUGCAUGCUCUGUUCUCGUUAACCGGCAAAUCACAGAGAAUACAAUUGUAGGCAGUAGAUCUUGUAAAUUGGCAGACCCAUUUUAGUAGUUGGUGCUCAGCCACAAGCAUACUUUAAGAUAGGCUGCAGUAGGUUUCUGCUCUUGAUUAUAUUAGCCUUCGAAUAGAGGGACUGCGUGUGUGCAUACCAAGUUAGAAGGCAACACAGUCCAGAAGAAGGCGAUGCUUAUCUGCUCUUCUCCCCUUGAAAGGGGGAUUAUUGUUGUACAUUCUGGCUAGCAAUCUGGAAUGCUCAAUUACUGAUAGCAUAUCAAUAAAGAUUAUUUUGUUUCCAGAUCA